GAGAGAGCGGCAUGCCUGCAAUUGGUUGCGCUGAUGACUCAGUAGACGUGGCCAGCCAGCGAAGCGGUCCACGCACUGCUGCGAAAUCGAAAGCAGGUCCAAGCCAGAGAGUAGAAGACAGUGCCAUGAGAAUUGUCAAGGAAGAGGACAAAGAAGCUGACGACAUUCCUCUAGAAGAUGCUACUUUUGAGAGGCUGAAGCAAAGACGUCACAUGAGGGGAGCCAACACGUCAGAUGUAGAUUUCGCGCACCUGUUCAACUCCUUGGCAAAAAUGAACGACUGCUUCCAGCAAGAACCUGCAGAGGAGAUCGAUACGUCAGACACCAUCUUGCACAAGGAGAAUCAAUUCUUGGCUGCGUGCGUGAAUGCUUGCUUAACUUUUGAAGGGCAGCAGCGCAAAGAAAAGAAUAGAGAAGAACACGCAGAUGAAGAGCAAGAGGGUCCGGGGCAACAAGGUCCACAAGGACCAUGGAAUGCAGCCACUGCGAAAACCAUCAUGGCAGUGAAAAAGCAGUUGUCAUAUGAGCUGUGCCAAGAUAAGCUCCUACAUUUUAUGUCGGAAUGGUGUGACACACCCAAGGAAGUGGAAGCUUCGUGUUGCUACGAAGACUGCGCGGUGAAAUACGAUGAUGAGCUCCUACCUGCUCGACAAAUUCAGCGUGAGCAGCUUGUGAACUGCUAUUUGAGAAUCCCUCAUUCCAUCAAGCAAACAGUGCCUGCCGACAUUGUGGAAAGGCUCCCGCCCAGAGAUAUCCGUGCUGCCAACACAAAGUUUUCUGCAGUCAUCCACCUAGAUGAAGUAGAGGAUGAUGAAGAAAAGGAACAAAAAGCUCAAUGGUGCGCUGCACGAGAAGCUGUCAUGGAUGUGGCUUUCAGCAAAAAGAAAAUGUUCUUCCCGGAAGCCUUGUUGACAAGCUUGAAAGCCAAGGGUGGCCCAAAUGUUUCGAGAGAAGGCUUGCUUGACGGACUGCUGAACAUGAAGUACUUGCAGAGGUUGCCUGGAUCAAAGAAGGCGGACACCCGCUACAUUCCUGUCUUGACUGCUGAGGUCUCUUUGUGUGACAUUUUGCAUCACCAGGAUCGGAUUUGUGAGCUUGAGUUGUCUGAAAUGUAUAACAUCGACAAGUUCAGCAACUACCUCACCCAGCAUCCUCACAGAGCAGCUAAUUCAAAGAUUUUGGCAGAUGUCCUUCAAGCUUCUUCAGAAAGCAGAAGACCUAGAGCAGGCAGACCUUCACCAGAGGAGGUCAAGCAGAAGGAAGACAUGCAAGCUCGCAGUCGCAAAUUGCGGAGUGGUGAGACUCACGGAGAGGAGUUGCUAGAGGCACUAACAGAGCCAAUCCAGAAGAAACGCAGGUUCUCGCAGAAAAAGCCUGAAGUCAAGACAGAAAAUUCUGAAGAUCACAUUCUCAUCCGCAAGGUGAACUACCAAUACCCUGGCCCUUGCACUAUCCGAACUCGCAAACAAGUGGUAGGAAACUUCCUCUUACAUUCCGAAAAUGGUGGCAGCCCACAUUGCGUUGCUGUGAAGCAGGACGAGGAAGACAAGCUGAUUGUUUUUGACACAGAUGGUGUCUUCCACUUAGCAGUAGCUGACUUCGAGACAGCGUUGUUAGGUGGUGUGGAUGCUGCCACGUGUGUUAUUUUCAAACUUCAGGACGGCAAAAAGGAUACAGAUGUGGGUAUGUCCGAUUUUGAGAACCUCCUGGACUUAGCAGCAGGGAGUUCUGAAUCAAAUGAAGAAUGCACUACAGACGAUGCUCAGGACACAGCAUUACUGCCAGAGGUGUCCGAAAAGAAGGGAAGCUUUGAUUGGCUAGAUGACACUGGACGUGUGAUCACCGACCAGUGCGGGGAAGAAGCGGUGCAGUGCUUUGCCUGGAGCCAUCUUGUGGAGAAGGCGCAGACCACAUCAAAGCGUGUCUUCAAAAAAGCAUUUCAGCGCCUGGACUUUUGCAAGUGA